AUGUCCGCGAUCGCCCAAAUCACGAACAGAUGCGUCUCCGUCGCGUCUGUGAGCAGAAAAACGCAAACGAAGAGAGUCGCCUCGCCGGCGCAAGCUUCUCUCAAGCAAAAGUUUGAAUCCGCGAAGGUUGUCGCGCCGGUUGUCUUGACCAACUUGGUCAUGACCAUGCCGGCGCACGCCGAAGCGGGUAAAUUGUUUGACUUCAACUUGACUUUGCCGAUCAUCGCGGCGGAGUUUUUGACUUUGAUGUUCAUCUUGGACAAGACCAUGUUUGGCCCGGUUGGUAAAGCGUUGGACGACAGAGAUGAAUUGAUCCGAUCCCAAUUAGCCGCCGUCGGCGGUAACACCGAAGAGGUUGACAAAUUGAUUGCGGAGAAGGACCAAAUCAUCGGCGAUGCGAGAGCCGCAGUCGGUAGAGAUGUUGCCGCAUUGAAGACGGAGAUGGACGCGAAGAUUGCCGCUGAAGCUGCGAGAGCGAAGGCUGACGUCGACCGUCAAAUUGCGGACGCGAUGAGUACGAUUGAUGCGGAAAGAGAGAGCUCCAAGGCACAAGUUGAAUCCCAAGGCCAAGCCAUUGCGGACCAAAUUGUCGCCAAGGUUGUCGAAGUAUAA